AACCACGCGCGCCGUGCACAGGACUUGCUGGCACAGCGCAUGCGCGAGGACAGAGUAGAGCUGGCGAUCAUUGCGGAACCAUGGAGGGACUCCACUUUCCGCGGUGCUUGUGGGCGAGAGUAGAAGACCCUGUAGCCUGGUGCGUCGGGGCCUUUUCUACGUAGCCGUUAAAUGGGGGGACUCGCUGGUAGUUUUAGUAUACUUUCCUCCCAGCGAGAACAUGAUUAUGUUUAGUAGACUCCUUGAUGAGCUUGAAGAGCUCUUAGAAACAUUUCCCGCUCUCCCAGCGCUAGUGGCUGGCGAUUUUAAUGCCCGGUCCAGCAGAUGGGACCUGGAAGGCAGGAAUAACCGGAAGGGGUGAGUUUCUCUGUGCCUGUGCCAAUAGAAUGGAUCUGGGUCUGCUGAACCGGGUUGGCUGUCCCACGUGCGUUCGAGCACAGGGGUCGAGCGUUAUAGAUCUAACGUGGGGCACGUCGGCGGCUGGCGUCCGCUUCUCGGACUGGAGAGUGGAUGAGGCUGUGUCCCUGUCGGACCACCUAUAUAUUAGGUAUAGUUACAGGUACAAAGCUGCUGGGGUCCGAAACACUCGCCCGCAGGAUAAAAAGCUUCCUCGCUGGAAGGUUAACUCCCUGGAUGAGGACUACUUGGCUGCGGCCCUCAUGUCAGGGGAGUGGACGGGUGGAAUUAGAUGCGGGAGAAGUGCGACCGGUGCGGACUGUGUGGACAAGAUGGUAAAGUGGGCACAGUCUACACUGAAACAAGCGUGCGACAUGUCCAUGUCCCGGGUGAGGGGACAAACCUACGGUAGGAAAAGUGCUUACUAGUGGUCGGACGAAUUAACGAACCUUAGAGCUGUUGCGACGGCCACAGUAAAGAAACUUUCCAGAGACAGGAAAAAGAAGUAUUGGGAGGAAAUAGUGCGGUGCCUGGACGCAAGGCGGGCACUGACUAUGGUUAUUAAGGAAGCCAAGAAGAACUCAUGGAGGGACCGCUGGACUCCAUAGAGAAUGAUCCAUGGGGCAGACCCUCCAAAUUGGUCUUGGAAAAACUUAGGCCUUAUGCCUCAUCAGUAACUGAAAUCCUGGAGGAUGAGGUACUGGAGAAUAUCCUCUCUGAGGUAUUCCCAGGAGGACCGGGAACUGAUAAACCACAGGAACCUACACUCUCAGAGCUGACUAUCUCUGCGAAGGAGGUCUUGGCUGCCGCCAGGAAAGGAAAAAGAAGGAAGGCUCCUGGACUGGAUGGGAUACCAGGUGUGGUUGUGCGUGCUGCGAAAACUAUUCGAGCGGGUAAUUGUUGCCCGGAUCAACAGCUACUUAGAGGAGACCCGUCAGAAUAUGGAUUUAGGACGGAAAGAUCCACUGUGGAUGCCGUCCUCGAUGUUAAAAACUUCGUGGAGGAAUCGGCGCGAGUCAAGAAGGUGGUUACCAUGAUAAGUCUGGAUAUCUCGAACGCUUUCAACUCCUUGCCGUGGGCCGUUAUUGUCAGGGCGAUGGAGCAUAAAAAUUAUCCACGCUAACUGGUGAGCAUCAUCAGGAGCUAUUUGGACAAUCGCGCCAUAGCAUGUACAGACCAAUACGAACUCGCCAUGGAAAGACAGGUAUAUUGUGGGGUCCCAGAGUGAUCCGUUUUGAGCCCUACGUUGUGCAACAUUGUCUAUGAAAGUGUGCUCCGAACUCCGAUGCCAGGUGACACCCGUAUUGUCUGCUAUGCGGAUGACACGCCCCUUCUGUCAUCGGGAUGGGACCUGUCUCAGGCUACCAUGAAUGCUGAGCGGGACUUGAACGUUUUGGUAAUCGAGGGAUUGGGUCUUAACGUGGCGCCACAAAAGACGGAGGCCAUAGCCUUCUCUGCCUCUGCCUUCUGCAGACGCAGGAAUGUUCCUACCCCUAAGAUUUUCCUUGGAGGAGUUUGCGUAGAAAUUAUGACCAGCGUUAAAUACCUAGGUAUAGUGAUAGUCUCAAGAAUGUCGUUUAGGCCCCACUUCAAGGCCCUAGUUGCUAAAGCCGGGGGAAUCCCCCGUUCCCUUAGGAGGUUCCUUCCGAACCUUCACGGAUCGGGAGAGAAGCAGCGAUGGCUGUACAGGGGCGUGAUCCACUUGGUGCACCUUUAUGGGGGCCGGUGUGAUGGCGCUUCGUCGUGGUGGAGAUGAAGAUCGGGCGGGCUGUUCGGAGCCUCUAGAGGAAGGUGACGAUCUGGAUGUGUUGUGCCUAUAGGACGGUCUUCUUCCACGCGGCUGUGAUAAUUGCGGGGAUUAUUCCUCUCGCUCAUCUGGCACCCCAACUGACGGAGACGUAUGCGGCUGUUAGAGACGCGGAGGAACCUGUUCCCCUGCGUACUAAGGCUGUAUUGGGUGGUCUUGCCAAAAGGAGGGCAAUAGAAGCGUGAAAAUCUGAGGAACUUUGGCUAAUAGGGGCACCAGCCCCCUCGUGGGUAGGGUGUGUAUAAUACUCCCACAGUACUCCUUGCUUGUCGUAAGAGGCGACUAAAAGGGAUUGUGUGAAUGGAGUAUGAAUGUUCUUGUAUGGCUGUCCCUAUCUUUUCUCUUCUGUCAUAUCUUUUUCAAUUCUUUCUCUCUCUCUGGCUUCCUUCCGUUCCUUUCCCUUCCUUUGGGGAGCCUGGUUCUCAAUAUUAGUUUUCUCAAUCAAACAUGGAUAGUACGACCAAAGGAAUAAGCGGGCGUGGUUGAGAAACCCAUGCCACGGCGGUGUCAGAUGGUGGUAGGGCAGCCCACCCGCCGUCGUCAACCAGCGACUGCCAGGAGCUCUGGGUAGGCAACCUGGCUCUAGCUCUGGAUAAUCCAUCAGGAAAGGCACCACAGGUAGGAGGUGUAUCUAAUGCACCAGGAAGUGUAGGUAGGGAUGAGUGCUACUUGGAGGAGUGGUUAAAGGCUACAAGGGCCGCUGAGCGCAUGCGGUUCUUCGGCCUGACUAUAAGAAGAGAGACACGGAAGAUUAAAUGUGCGAGGCCCGUGGUGUACUCGUCCGAGGAGGAUGAGUCGGGGGUAGACUGACCCGUGCUGGGUGAAGGAGGACCGGCGGAGACCCCUGCCUUGUCUCAGGUGGAGACUAGUAGGGUGAUCGACACGCUGAAGGAAGCCUCCAUCGAAGCCGAAAGCGCCAGGCUGAAAUGCCGGAACCUGAAGGGAGACAUCUCGGGGGUUAUGAAGAGAACCCAUAACUAAAGAGGGGCUCAAUAACUAUGGAGGGGCUCAAGACCCUAAGAGUUAGGCUCCAAACCCGGGGAGAUGAUCCUUCGUUGGCGAAGGAGACAAUUGUGCAGCUGAAGGCUGAACUGAGAGCCAUGGAGCUGCGCAAUAAGGAAAUAUCAGAGAAGAACACCCGCCUCAAAAGGGUAAUCAGGAGGAUGGAGACUCCCUUAGCUGCCAAAACCAAGGAAAGGACCCCGGACGGAAGGCAUUCAGAUGGGUCGAUGAAGGCACUGGCGGAGACUGUCCGCAGUGUACAGCAACAGCUGCAGCAAGUGCAGCAGCAGCAACAGCAGCGGCAACAGCAGCAGCAGUGGCAGCAGCAGCUGCAGUGAAAGCAAUAGCAGGAGCAACAGCGGCAUCAGACAUCGAGUGGAGCAGCGACUGGAGCUGAUGGGACCACACAAAGGCUCCACACUCCGUGCUGUUCCCCCGCGUGCUUAGGCUGUAUUGGGUGUUCUUGCCGAAAGGAGGGCAAUAGAAGCAUGGAAAGCUGAGGAACUAGAGAUCGUAGGGGCACUAGAGGCAACGGGAGUACGCGUGUGGGUAGCUAUUGCCGAAUGAUUGGCUGUUCUCUAUAGGAACGACAUUUCACACCACACAGCUGAUGACCGGCUAUUGCUGUUUCUUAGCGUAUUUAAAUAAAAUAAUGAAGAUUCCCUCCCCACGUUGUUUCCACUGCGCGUGGAGUGAGGAUACGGCGGAGCACAUCCUGGUCGACUGCCCGACGUGGACGGAUGCCAGGAAUGAACUGAUCGACGCGAUGGGGGAGGGCAGCUAACCCUUCGCCUGAUAAUCAGGGUCCACUGACUGUCCCGUGAUGAACGGUCUUUCGGACCUUCGCUGGGCGGGUCAUGUGUGCAAAUGAGGACGCUGAGAGGCGCAGGGAACGGACGCGAGAAGAAGGAUGUGUAAGUGAUCGUGCGGAUAUGUAUGUGAACAUGAGUGCGAACGGUAGGCCGCAUAGGAGAAUAGUUCCAGUGCGGCCACCUCGGGCAAGGCUCCGAUCGACUCAGGCGGCGCACCAUGGAGCCAAUAUGCGCACUUUUCUUCUCGGUCACUUUUACUAUCUUCAUUGCAGUUGUUUGCACGACCUUAUACGGGUCUUUCUGGAUUAUUUCCGGGCAAACAUUUGGUGCCCUCCCGAACACCUUGUCUACCCAUUUUCUGGGAGGCACUACCGGGCACUCCCAAAAACCGGCACGGUGGUUGGUCGGCUUCUGGCCAGCGUCUGCACAAACCGGACACUCAGGUUUAUUCGUGCUCGUCUUGGUCAGGUGGUCUAGUUUUCCACAGACGUAGCGUAGGUCUGUCCUAGGCUUUAUAGCCGGGCACAUUGCCGCGACAUGUCCUCAUGCAAGGCACUGUGGCAUCUGAUGGGCCGCUGCCUGAGUCCAUGCACCCUCAUUGAUGUCCACCCC